GUGGUGAUGGUGGCCGCUACCUCCGUCCGGCUCAAUAUAAAACACAAGUCACACACUCAUACAUUAUCUCUCGUGACAUAAUUCACUGAUGAUGUCUGAGUCACUCUUGUUAUUAUUGGAGAACAAUUUAAUCUACAUUCAGCAACUAGAUAAGCACAAGUGAGGCCCAGGUGAACGAACACUGGAAGAGGAAAAGUUUGUGUUUAUAUUGAAGAUGUGAGGAGAAGGUUCGUGUUCACCUCACUGUGUGUCGCUGUUAACCCUUUGAGUGGCAGUGGUUACUAUCAGCUGAAUAAAAUCUUCUGGUGUCAACCAGAAUAUAAUACCGAAGUGCGACACUGCCCUUCAAACGGUUAACCCCUGCUCGAGGAAGAUGGUUUUUGUGCUACGAACAAAUCUUAUACAAAAGUGUUGUAAUAAAACAAGUGUUACAGCGUCAGCUAUAAUAUUCGUUUUGUUAGUGAGCGUUUACCAAGAGGAUAAUGUUAAGGAGAGUGACAAAGAUGGUGACAAAUAUAGUGAGGAGGCUGGUGAGCAGAGGAGAGGACCACUUGUUUACCGUGGAGAAACAGGCCAGACAGGUGUGUCAGUAAACAUGUGUCGCUCCCUCUUCACCAUCACUGGGGUGCCAGAUGAAAAAACACUUUUCCCUGCUCACCUGCUACAAAAUCCUGCAGACAACAGCAGCUUGACGAGCGACAGGUGGACGCCGCUACACCCUCGGGAGGACCAACACCUGUCAGCGGCUGUCAAAGGGGUGAGACAUCUGCUGCAGAAGAGGUCGUCGUCGUCAGGAGCUUCCUCCGAGGAUUCACUCAGUCUGGCGGCGCUGCUUCCUACACUCUUAACCUUCGAACACCACACUAACAAGACUCAAGAGGAUGACCAUAGGAAGGAAGGUCAAACACCCAUCCUCCGCCUCAACAGUAGGAUUGAUGCCGACGGCGGAGUGUUGCCCUACGUGCCCUGUGCCAUAGUGCCCUUUGACCACCCACCCUCCGUCACCGCCUGCUUCGCCCACAGACUCAAGAACAACAAUUCCUUCUGGAUCGCUUUUCUGGGCGACUCAAAUAUCAGGGCAUUGUUUUAUGAGUUUCUUCAGAGAACCGACAGUGAAUAUCGGUACCUCAUCCACCUUCUGAACACAACCAUGAGCUACGAGGAAAUGAGGAGGACCACAUUUAAGCUACACACCGACAUGGAGGCCGCCACACCUGUACACCUGCGCCUCCGUGUCUCCUUCAGUUUCAGGACGUUCAUGGAGGUAACGCCGUCCAAGGUUCAGGAGACCAAUGAACUGAGACAACUAAGUCGGUGGGCCAGGGGGAAAGACCCGCUCCCUCACAUUCUUAUAAUAGGCUACACCUCGUGGAUGAUGCUACUUAUGAUGAUGAGGAGGAGUUCCACCUCCGACGUGCUGGAGGUCGUGAGAGAGAUGCAUCAACAGGUCGUCCCUCUCCUACACCAGAUCGCUCAGAGGACACGGGUGUUGGUGGUGUCUCAGGGUCGCUACAGGGAGCACAGUCUUACUGGAACAAUCUACAACAUGGUGUCAAUCUUAGGGGAUGCCACCUUCGACUGGAGCGAGAUGCUGUUCCAGUAUUAUCUCCGUCAGUAUAAAGACCACCAUCUUUCUCCUGCCACGCCCCACGUCUCUUACACCUUUCCAACACCAAUCACUGGGUCUUUACAACAACACUCCCCCGUCCCCCAGGGUCCCACGACCAACACUGCGAUACAACAAACUACCAGGACCAACAGAGACCAUUUGGACCCCAGAGAGACUGGUGGUGGAGUGUGGUGGUGGGACACUGGUGUGCCUCUCAACCUGGCGGGGAUCAGUGAGUGUGAAGAACUGUACCGUCGAGGGCUGGUGGACAGCUCCGUGUACACCAGUGAACACCUCAGGUGUACAGACGACCAUCACGUAGGAGAGGACGUGCUGUCUGACCAAAUCACCAUGCUGCUUAACCUUAUGUGUAACUCGAUCAUGCAGCCACAUACGAAUGUUUGUUGUCACUGAAGAGGUAUUUGAUCUUGGCCAUAGCCUCACGCUGCACUGCCUGCCACCGUUAAUGACUUACAUUGACCCAGAUGAAGAGUAACAAAUGUUAUCACUAUUGUAAAGAAAAUUAUUUACUUUCAUACAAGUAUAAAAAUGUAUUGUAAAAACUUAGGACGUUAAUAAUCUGUGGAAGAAACGACCUUUUUAUCAUUCCUAUAAUCAUCAUUAUUUUUAUUAUUAUUAUUCAGUGGUGUCAGGUACCCUCUACUCAUAUUUAAGCUACACUCGGCAUAAAAUAAUUGAUUCAAUUAAAAUUAUGACACUUAUGUAAAAUAAUAAUUAAGUGUGUUAACAUUAGGAUAUCGGAACGCUUUUUGUUAACAUUAUUAUAUGAGAACGUGAUAGCCUGUCAGAGGUUAACAUCAGAUUUUUGGAACACUAUUUACUGCCGAAUUAAGUAGUCAACAUUACAAUAAAUCCGUAGACUUAAAAGCAGAUUUUAGCUUGGAGAAUAACAGAGAAGCGUCCUUAUUCGUGUGUGUGUGUGUGUGUGUGUGUGUGUUUAAUAAUAAUAAUAAAAAUAAUAAUGAACGGAUUAUUGAAAAUGUUCUGCCUCCCGAAGG